AUGUCGAUCCUCCCACCCGAGGUGCACGCAGAGCUAACCCAGCUCUUGCAAGCCCUCCAAUCCCCCGACAACAGCAUUCGGUCCCAGGCCGAAGAACAUCUCCAGAACUCAUGGACAAGUACCCGCCCAGAGAUCCUCUUGAUGGGUCUCGCCGAACAAAUCCAAGCCGGUUCUGAUACUCCAGUGCGUUCUUUUGCCGCCGUCAUUUUCCGUCGAAUCGCAUCCAAGUCGCGCAAGAAUGAAAGAGGUGAAACGCUGGACAUGUUCGUCUCCUUGGACCGCGACCAGGCCGCCGCUAUUCGCCAGAAGCUGCUUGAAUCCCUGGCCGGGGACUUUGACCGCUCUGUGAGGAAUAAAGUCAGCGAUGCCGUCGCUGAAGUGGCACGGCAGUAUACGGAAAAUAACGACUCGUGGCCGGAAUUGCUCAGCGGCCUCUUCCAGCUCAGUCUGGCACCCGAAGCCGAGAAACGCGAGACGGCCUUCCGCGUCUUCGCCACAACACCGGGCAUCAUCGAAAAGCAGCACGAGGACGGCGUUAUCCAGGCCUUCCAGAAGGGCUUCAAGGAUGAUUCCGUGCAGGUGCGCCUUGCGGCCAUGGAUGCGUUCGCCGCCUUCUUCCGGUGCCUGGGCAAGAAAGCGCAGGCCAAAUACUACCCUCUCAUCGCCGAUGUGCUCAACAUCCUCCCGCCUAUCAAGGACAGCCAGGAUUCCGAGGAUCUCAGCGCCGCCCUUGUGGCUCUUAUCGACCUGGCCGAGACGGCGCCAAAAAUGUUCAAGCCUCUCUUCCGCAACCUUGUCCAGUUCAGCAUUUCCGUCAUCCAGGACAAGGAACUAGAAAACCUUUGCCGCCAGAACGCCCUCGAGCUCAUGGCUACCUUUGCCGACUACGCACCCUCCAUGUGCCGCAAGGACGAGUCGUAUACGAACGAUAUGAUCACUCAGUGCCUGAGUCUGAUGACGGAUCUCAGCGAGGAUGACGAGGAUUGUACGGAGUGGCUCGAGGCUGACGAUCUCGACCAGGAGGAAAGCGAUCUCAACCAUGUCGCUGGUGAACAGUGCAUGGAUAGGCUGGCCAACAAGCUGGGCGGGCAGACCAUCCUAGCUCCGACAUUCCAUUGGCUUCCUAGAAUGAUGAACUCGAUGGCUUGGAAGGAUAGGCAUGCCGCGCUCAUGGCCAUUUCUGCCAUUUCGGAGGGCUGCCGGGAACUCAUGAUCGGCGAGCUCAGCCAAGUUCUCGACCUGGUCAUCCCCGCGCUGAAGGAUCCCCAUCCGCGUGUUCGUUGGGCCGGGUGUAACGCUCUUGGCCAAAUGAGCACCGACUUCGCGCCCAAGAUGCAGACGGAUUAUUACGACCGUGUCCUGACGGCCAUCGUGCCUGUCCUGGAGUCCCCCGAACCUCGGGUCAAGUCGCACGCGGCGGCUGCGCUGGUCAACUUUUGCGAGGAGGCCGAAAAGUCGAUCCUGGAGCCCCACCUCGACAGCCUGCUGGCUCACCUCUUCCAGCUGUUGCAGAACGACAAGCGCUACGUCCAGGAGCAGGCACUCUCGACCAUUGCCACCAUCGCCGAUGCGGCGGAGGCCGCCUUCUCGAAGUACUACGAUUCGCUGAUGCCGCUACUGGUGAACGUGUUGCAGCGCGAUGACGAGAAGGAGUUCCGACUGCUCCGGGCCAAGGCCAUGGAAUGUGCGACGUUGAUUGCGUUGGCGGUCGGGAAGGAACGUCUCGGACAGGAUGCCAUGACCCUGGUCCAGCUUCUCGCCAACAUCCAGCAGAACAUCAAGGACGCGGACGACCCGCAGGCGCAGUACCUGAUGCACUGCUGGGGCCGCAUGUGCCGGGUGCUCGGGCACGAAUUCCUGCCGUUCCUGUCUACGGUCAUGCCCCCCCUCCUGGAACUGGCGAGUGCGAAGGCCGACAUCCAGCUGCUCGACGACGAGGACCAGGUGGAGCAGAUCCAGCAAGAAGACGGCUGGGAACUGGUGCCGCUGAAGGGCAAGAUGAUCGGUAUUCGGACCAGCACCAUGGACGACAAGAACAUGGCGAUCGAGCUCUUGGUGGUGUACGCGCAGGUGCUCGAAGCCAACUUCGCGCCGUACGCGGCCGAGAUCAUGGAAAAGAUCGCGCUCCCCGGGCUGUCUUUCUUCUUCCACGACCCCGUCAGGUUCGUGUCUGCCAAGCUGGUGCCGCAGCUGUUGUCUUCGUACAAGAAGGCGUACGGCAGUCCGUCCAACGAGUUGGCCGGGCUGUGGACGGCCACGGUGGAUAAGCUGCUGGAGGUGCUUUCGGCCGAGCCGGCCAUCGACACGCUGGCGGAGAUGUACCAGUGCUUCUACGAGUCGGUCGAGGUGGUGGGCAAGGGCUGCCUCACGUCGGAUCACAUGUCACGGUAUAUCGACUCGGUGCACUCGACGCUGGAGGACUACAAGGAGCGGGUUACGCAGCGGCUGGAAGACAAGGAAGGGGCCACUGCGGACGACGUGGAGGACGAGGCGGAAGAGACGCUUCUCGCGAUCGAAGACGACCAGACAUUGCUUUCGGAUAUGAACAAGGCGUUCCAUGCGGUGUUCAAGAACCACGGGGCGGCGUUCCUGCCGGCGUGGGAGCGGCUCAUGAUCACGUACGAGGGAUUCCUCAAGUCGGACGACGCUACGCAGCGGCAGUGGGGUCUCUGCAUCAUGGACGACGUGCUCGAGUACUGUGGACCCGAGAGCAGCCGGUAUGCCAAUGUGAUUACGCAGCCGCUCGUCGACGGCUGCCGCGACGCAUCACCGGCCAUCCGGCAGGCGGCUGCGUACGGAAUUGGCGUGGCGGCUCACCGAGGAGGAGCGGCGUGGAGUCAAUUCCUGGGAGGGGCGCUGCCGUUCCUCUUCCAGGUGACGCAGGUUCCCGAGGCGCGCAGCGAGGAUAACGUGUACGCGACGGAGAAUGCGUGCGCGGCCAUUGCCAAGAUUCUUCACUACAACGCGCACCAGGUGCAAGACGCGCCGGGAGUGGUGACGCAGUGGCUCGAAACGCUGCCCGUCAUCCACGACGACGAAGCGGCACCGUAUGCGUAUGCGUACUUGGCAGAAUUAAUCGACCAGCGACACCCGGCAGUGCUGGGCCAGGCCGGCAAGAUGUUCGUGUUCAUUGCACAGGCACUCGAGGCCGACUCGCUUCAGGGUCAGACGGCCAAUCGGGUGGUAGCGGCGGCGAAGACGCUCCUGUCGACGGCGGGUGUGGACCCUGCGCCGCUUCUGCAGCAGUUCUCGCCGGCAGGCCAACAGAGGGUGGCGGCGUAUUUCUCUUGA